CCUCAUGAGCGCGGCGGGGGCAGUGAGCGGCAACAGUGCUAGCGUCUAUGCUCGGGACCAAAGUAUAGUCGCUGUGGUAUUCCGUCAGUCCACACAGUAUCACCUUUUGCAUUGCAUCUAAUUUGUUUUAUCCAGAAUAUAACCCUAGCAAAGUCGCAGCGGGUGUGGCGGGUGGACUGUACUUUAUCGCCAGCCUUUGCCUGUUCACGCGCUUAUUUAUGAAUAAGACAUGGUGGGGACUUUGUCUCCCUAUAGGCACCACCUUCAUGUCCGCUGGUUUUUUCAUGCGCAUACCCAUGACGAUAUAUCCUAAUUCUCUCCCAAUUUUUAUGAUCCAAUCACUCUUCAUAUUGUUACCGCCUGCUGCAUACCUCGCCUUCAAUUACAUCUUAUACGGGCGUUUCAUUGUAAACUGCGUGGACAGACGUUACUCUUGGAUGAAUCCAGAGAGAGUCGCCAAGUACUUUGUUAUCAGUGAUGUCACGACAUUCCUCAUACAGGGUCUAGGCGGUGCUAUGCAAACAUCAACAGACGAGUCACGCGACAAGUUGGGCGCACAUAUAGUACUUGCCGGGCUAAUCCUUCAGACCCUCUCCUAUGUGUUAUUCAUAGUGCUCUUUGUGCAUGCAUGGCGUAGUAUCCUCCGGGACGGUAUUCUGCCCCGUCAGGAGCCAUGGGGAAAGAUCCUUUGGUUAUUGGUGUUUUCGUCUAUAGCGUACAUGAUUCGCUGUAUCUAUCGUACCGUCGAGUUUGCUCAAGGCAACGGUGGCUACCUAGUCACACACGAAAUCUACUUUUACCUCCUCGACUCCCUACCACUAUUUAUUGGUGUUUGCACAUACAUCAUCUACUGGCCAACGAAGUAUCUCGACACUUCAGCCAAGACUACCUAUCAAAUGGCUGGACGCAUUUAGAGUUCUGUCAUGGAUGUUUCCAUUUGUUGAUAUGCGAACUAUGACCCACGGACUUUAGUAAUCUACUGCACUAUAGCGCUCUUUUUUGAAAUCGACCAGCUCCUUUGGACCCGCACAAUGUCCCUCGCUCUAUGUUCGUGUUCGGAGCGCACAGGGAAAGUAAUUGCAUCACGAAGAAAACUCGUGAUGAGCCUAUUAGGUUAUCGCACGUCAUUGAACGGAUUACACUAUCCCCUUAAUAUUUGAAGGUUCCAUGCC